AUGUCGAGCUUGGAGAACCGGGGCGUGACCUUCGGCGUGCACGACUUCCGGGAGGGGGCCCGGACGCGCGAGGAGUACCAUGCUUUGCGUACCUCCGGCGUGGGAGACUCGCGCCAUCGGCUGUUUGGAGUAGACCCUGACGUGGGCACCUUGAAUGCGGCCACGCGUGCGUUGUCCUACGGCACCCGCGGACAGGAUCCCAAGGCCGAGUAUGCGCUUCCCAAGCCGAACGGCUCCUACGCGCAGCUGAGUGCGGAUGCGACCUGGCCUGCGAGCGUCACCGGCGGCUUCGUGAUUCCCUUCCAGUCUGGAGCCAGGUCUCAAAAUAUCUUCCCCACGGAGCGCACGCGCCGGGUUGGCUCUCUUGGACGCCAGAUCGUGGGCAACUGCACGGUGAAGGAUGAUCGGUUCUUCUACUAUGGAGCCCACGGAAGUAACCACUACGGCAACAACAGCGGCUGCAGAUCCACCUUGCAGUACAAGCCGGGUCCAUGA